AAGCCUUUUGUAAAGACUUAUCUCAAAUCCCUUUGGACACAAUCGAUAUAUUUGAUGAUGUUGACAAUGCUUUAGAGGCGUGGUACAAUUUAUUCCUUGACGUGAUUGACAAACAUUUACCUUUGCGAGAAAAACGAGUGAAAAAACAACAACAACCUGAUUGGAUGACCUACGAGAUUAUUCAGUGUAUGGCCCAAAGGGAUCAUUUCAAAUCGAUCAACGAAAUGGUAAAUUAUAAGACCUACAGAAACCGUUGUGUGUCGUUAAUCAGGGAUGCAAAAACUACCUACUAUAAAACUUGUGUUGAAGAUCAUAAAGGUGAUUCGAAGAAAUUGUGGCAAUAUCUACGUGAUAUUAUUCCAACAAAUCUUAAAACCGCACCGUCAAGUUUACGAAAUAACUCAAACAACUCCAGCAUAUCGGACCCUGAAGAUAUGUGUGAACAUUUCAACAACUUUUUCUCCACCAUUGUUAACCAGUAUGUUGCGGUUCAACAAUUUUCUAGUAACUUUGAUAAACUAUCUGAAAUGGUGAACUCAAGAAUUAAUAGUGAUGAUGCCUUUAGUAUUCCACAACUAACUGAAGAAGAGGUUUGUAGUUAUCUACGUAACUUAGACACUCACAAAGCAACCGGACUUGAUGGCUUAAGUCACAAGAUUUUGAAGAUGUCAACCUAUUUAAUAGCUCCAUCUCUGACUAAGAUUUUCAAUAAAAGUUUAUCAUCCGGAAUGUUUCCGACAAAAUGGAAAACAUCAAAAAUUAUCCCAAUCUACAAAUCUGGUGCCAAAUGUGAUGUCAACAACUACAGGCCCAUAGCCAUACCUGCGCUGUCAGUAAAGUUCUCGAGCGUCAUAUUCACAAUCAUCUUUAUCAGUUUCUCGUGAGUCAUAACUUAUUACAUCAUGCCCAAUCUGGUUUUCGAAGAAAUCACUCGUGUGAAACAGCGCUAUGCAAACUUGUGGAUAUGUGGACAUCCAACAUGGAGAGCGGCCUCAUAAAUGGGGCAGUAUUUAUUGAUCUACGCAAAGCUUUCGACAUGGUAGAUACAGAUUUGUUAUUACGAAAACUUGCAGUUUACAAAUGUGAUGAUUUGACAUUAUCCUGGUUUAAGUCAUACCUGCAACAAAGAGACCAAUGUGUGCACUUUAAAGAAACUUUGUCAUCUAAGAAAUCUUCUCUGUAUGGUGUCCCCCAAGGAAGUAUUCUAGGACCUUUAUUGUUUAUAAUGUUUAUCAAUGAUCUUCCAUUAUAUGCCAAUUCCAACACAGACAUGUAUGCUGAUGAUUCGACAAUCCAUACAAGUGCUAGAACAGGUGAGGAACUCAAUAAUAAAUUAACUGAGGAUAUGACAAACGUUCAAGCUUGGUGUACUAACAACAACAUGGUAAUAAAUGACGGUAAAACGAAGGCAAUGAUGAUAACAACAUCUCAGCGCGCAGCCACAUUAAAUUCAAAUCUACGAGUAGAGUUUAACGGUGUCCAGUUAAAGAAUACCAACAAUGAGAAAAUACUUGGGGUUGUUAUGAACGAACAUCUUUCCUGGAAACAGCAGAUUGACAAAGUAGCAAAAUCUCUAAUUAAAGGAAUUCAUCUUCUGAGACAGAUCAAAGAAUAUUUGCCUAUUGGUCACCAAGUAAUUUACUACAAGUGUUUCUUACAACCUCAUGUAGAUUAUUGCUGUACAGUUUGGGGACAAUCAUGUCAUAUUAUUCGCAUACAUAAACUCCAAAAGUUAGCUCUGAGAAUUAUUUACGACAAACCGAAGCUAACCUCUUCUGGGCCACUAUUUAAAGCUGCUGGAGUCCUGCCUAUACAGCAAAGA